ACUGAAUUUACAAAAUGCCGAAUUACAUUGACAUAUCAAUAUUUCAUACAAGGCUAUUUCGGUCUGAGAUGCAGAUAAUCACGGACAAUAUCGGCCGCGAGAUGAUCAUUUUCCCCUGAUGUCAGACUACUUCGGGGCCAAGGUACUUUGUAAGAAACGUUCGCAGUCAGAAGCUGCAGCAUCCAUGGAAAUUUUUCUAGCUUUAUGAUUGGCAGGCAUAAUAUGCUUGUUGGCGAACUGGGAGUGGUUGAUUACUCCGUGUGGUUUGUCGUACGUCGUGGUCUUCGGGUGCCACGCUGAUCUAAAAUUGCCCUGUACGUCAGUGUACGUGUAAAUCUGAAUUUGAGUUCGAAGAGGCAAGUGUAAUAGGAGAAAUGGCGAAUUUAAGUACGGUUAUCGGCAAAUUUUAUGGAGAAUAUGUGAAUAACACUCCCAAGAAGUUGAAAAUAAUCGAUUCAUAUUUGUUAUAUGUAUUUUUAACCGGUGUCAUUCAAUUUGUGUACUGUUGUUUGGUGGGCACAUUCCCAUUUAAUUCCUUUCUGAGUGGAUUUAUUUCCUGUGUCAGUUGCUUCGUCCUUGCAGUAUGCCUCCGGCUGCAAGUUAACCCUCAAAAUAAAAAUCAAAAGAGGGUUUGCCGAUUUCAUCUUUGCCCAUAUAAUUCUACACAUUGUCGUCAUGAACUUCAUUGGCUGAACUAUGGUUGGCUGGAACGUGGAACUAGUAUUCUUAAUAAUCAACCUCUGUACUGUGGUAAAUCAAAUGGAAACUACAAGAAGACAAACAAAUUUUGUUCUAUUACAUGUGUCAAAGGUUCUGGAAGAAGGGUCUGAAGAUUGUGAAAUGCCACUGUACAAUAUAUAAAAAAAAUCUUGGAGACAUGGCAAAUUUACUUCAUGAUUACAGGUGGUAGUAUUAUUAAAGAAUCUGUUCCAAAUCCAGUAUGAAAGAGUGAAGUGUUCAAACGUUGUGAAUGAUGUAAUGACACCUAAUAUGGUCUGAAAUAUUUGGGGCUUCAUUUGCACAUUGUUUUUGUUUAGAUUAUGGAUUAAAAAUGUAAACAUCAAAAUUUGAUUAAAAUGACUUUACUGUAUCAGUGGACUUAUUAUUCCAAUGCUCAAACCUUGAGUGCCAUGUUUUAUAAAUUACUUUAGAUGGUAGAUGUGUGUAACAGGACCUCAUUAUCUGAAGUUUCAUUAUCCAUCCUUUGUAUUCCUUUCCCAUUAUCCAAGUGUUCAAAGAUCUAGUAAUUUGCUGCAUUUCCAUUUUUCAAAUAUGUAGUGAUCAUAUUGUCUACCCCACUUCCAGAACGAUUUUGAUACAAAAAUAAAAUCCAUAAUUAUUGCUUGUGAAUUGAAAUGGAAAAUACUUCCUUGAUCAGGUGGCAAAAUAGUAGGGUCAGUCUACCAAUUAUUGCCUCUGUGCCUAAUAUCACCUACUCAUGUUUCCAAGGUGCUAUGUGAAACUUGGUUCUGGCAUAUGCAGUUAUAUACCAGGACUAUAAAUUUAGGCGGCAUUCAGCACAGGUGAUAAUUUGUACACUGAUCCUACUUGUAAAAAUACUCAUAUAGAGAAGAUUUUUGAAGCAAUGAAGUGCAGAGCAUACGGGCUCAAAAACAACUUAAAGUUCAAAAUUUGAGUAAAUUUGUGAAUUCUUUUUUAGGAGAUUCCCACAAGCUUAAUCUGUGAAACUUUGUAUUCAAUAAAUAAAAGUAAUAGGUAUAUUAGAGAUGGAGAACUAAGUAUUUACAUCUCUUUACCUAGGACUUGACUUAUCUACUGAAAUGACUAACUGCAUUUAUGAGAUUCCAUAAAAUGUAUUCUAUAAAUGCUUUUUCUGGAUCUACCAAAGCUAUUAAAAGGGGUUACAUUGUGCUUUCAAUGUGACAUUGACUAUGAAUAUACAUGAUCCAAUGGAAUAUAAAUUCAUAAGAGGACUUGUCAGAUUUAAAUAUAGUGACUUAUGUAAGAUCAUCAGCUGCCUAAUUCAUCAUGACUAAUUUUUGGUAUUGAAGCUAAUGGAUAACUGCAUCACAGCUGAUAUUCUGUCAUAAGUCACUAUAUUUAAAUCGGACAAUUCACUAACUAGCUAGGGAGAUCUUAUGACCUUACACAGAAAACCUAUGCAAGACUCAAAUUAAUAUAUCAUUUGAGUAUUUUGAAAUUAAAGAAAGUUAAUAUUUUAGCCAUGACCAAAAUAUUGUGACCUGAAGUCUUGAUCAUAGGUCCUGGGCUCUCUCGACAAAAUACAGACUACGCAAAAUGGCCACUCCCUGGGAAACUGGGCAAAAUCAGAAUUUCCUGGGGAUUAAAAUGCCAGGUAAUUUGUAGAAGAAUCUUUAAAGUCAAACUUUUUAGCACAGCUGUUUUGGGGCUCAAAUCCUAUUUAUUAAGCAAAUAUUAUUUGUUCAGUCUUUAUUGUGCUGAAAAUAGACCAAAUUGUAAAGAAAUACCCAAGCCUUGCUUCUCUUUUAUAUCUUAUGAGUGAUAAACAAACAACAAUGCAAUGGAGAACUUUAGAAAAGUCAGGGGUAUUUGUUUCAGGAAGGGUCUACCUUGCUAUAAAAACAAAACCAAUAAAUAAAAAUAACCAUGUUGGAACAAUUAUUAAUUAAAAGAAUCACUGUCAGGAAAAAGCUGCUUUAAAAUGUUUGAAAAUCUGUCAUCAUUCUGCGACAAGCUAAUUUUAUGGUGACAGUAUUAUAUUAUUUCUUUUUAGUGGUGUCGUGGAAGCAUUGAACAAACAACCAGUUUAUGCCAAUGUCUAAAAUUCCAUUAAAGAACUGCCAUCAAGCAAUAUGCUGCUUUACUUGUUUGAGAUAAUUCAUUUGCAAUUUUUUUUCAAAAAGAAAAUAUAUCUUCCAUUUGAGAAUUACAGAAAAGUAGCACUUCUUGUUUCCUGGUUGUUAUCAUUUCAUCAUAGCAAUCAUGCAUUGCAGUGACAACAAUGGCACUUCCCUUCUUGGGGACAGAUGAGGGCAGCAUUAAAUUCUUUGGUUUGGCAAAAAGAAGAAAUCUUCAAUAUCAGGAUUAUCUACACUGCAACUUGCCAAUGCCAUGAUAUGACAGAAGCUUGAGAACACUUAGAAAUCCAAUUCCUUAGCACUUGCAAAAACCCCUGCCAAUGACCCUGGGUUCUGAAGUCCCCAAAUCUCCUUAUUGGUCAUAUCUAAAGAGAAUGAAAUAUGACUAGUAGUGAUCAUUACUACCUCAGCAAAGAAUUUACAUCAACUACUGAAAUUUUCCCCUGAUAAAAAUAA